AAUAAAAGCAAAUGAAGGGGGAGAGUUCAGAGGGGUGUGUGUGUUUGUGUGUGUUGGGGUGUAAAUUUGAGCUACUAAAAUUGCAAAUAAAUCUGGAAAAAAAAAAAAUGAGGUGUUGAUCAACCCACAAAACUCUCAUCUACCUUGCCUCUUCUAAUUGCCAUCUAACCCUUCUAAAUUGGAUUUUUAUUUGUUAUUUUUGUUAAUUUUUUGUUUAAAAAAUUUGCAUUUUUUUGCUUGUACAUUUCUCUCUCUUUAUCUAGAAUUUCACUCACUCUCUAUCUCUCUCUCAUCUAUCUUUUUCUCUGUGUGUGAACAGGCGGAUCUUGGUGUCAUUUUCAUCUAAUUCUCCGCUGAUCAAACAAUAGGGUUUCCUGGUUUUUCUUUUUAUUUUUCAGCUAAAAUUGCUUUCUUUCAUCUGAAAAAAUAAAAAAGAUUUGAACUUUCUUGGCUUUUCAAUUCUCGUUUGUUUUGAUCUUUGUCCGGCCCUCAACAGAAUUUCAGCCUGUGUUGUUCGUUUUUUGUGUUGUGAGCAUAAUUGGAAACCAGAUUUGAGCUUUCAGAGCUUUCAGAGGUUGUUGGUCUCAAUUUUCAUUUUGUUCAGAUUGAGGAAAUCAACAUUUAUAGAUAUAAAAUAAAUCGGGCUCUUGGAUAUUAUAUUUGUAAGCUUUUCAGGGACUGGUUCAAUUUUAGCCCAAGUUGAUUUGAAGUCUUCGGUCUAAAAAAGAUUUUGACGAAUUAGGAGAUGAGUAUGACAAGCGAAAGUGACGAGAAGUUGAUGCCGACCAACGGCGUGGAUUCACCAUCCACCGACGAAACCAACAGCGGAGGGGCAAAUACAGGAAAUCACGGCCAGCUUAAAAAGGGCCCGUGGACCUCUGCAGAGGACGCAGUUCUAAUAGAAUACGUCACAAAGCAUGGGGAAGGCAACUGGAAUGCAGUCCAAAAGAAUUCGGGCCUGUCGAGAUGUGGGAAAAGCUGCCGCCUGAGAUGGGCCAAUCACUUGAGACCAGAUUUAAAGAAAGGGGCUUUUACCCCCGAGGAGGAGCGUCGUAUAAUCGAGCUUCACGCGAAGAUGGGGAAUAAAUGGGCCCGAAUGGCCGCUGAGUUACCGGGCCGCACGGACAACGAGAUAAAGAACUUCUGGAACACCCGAAUCAAACGGAGGCAACGUGCCGGCCUACCCAUCUACCCUCCCGACAUCUCCCUCGACUCCCUUCCCAACGAAAACGCAGACGAGCCUCCAGCCGCCGACGGGCCCCACCACCACCCAGACUACCUCCCCGUGAGCACCUUGAUCAACAUACCAUCCGUCGAGUUCAAGGGCCUCGAGCUCGGCCGCCAGCACUACCUCUACCAUCAUCAUCAUCAUCAUCAUCAUCAUCCAUCUCUCGACAUCGCCAUGCCCUUCCUCGAGCCCAUGUCUUUCCACCACCCCUUCAAACGGCCCCGUGGCCCCGAACCCCUCUUCCCUCCUCCCUUGUACCACCACCACAACUCUUCCUCCUUCGUUUUUCCCCAAUACGAACAAAACUCGACUCUUCACAACGUCGAGCUCCCUUCACUCCAAACCCACGGGCCCGACCCCCCGUUGCCCUUCUUCGAGCCGACGCCCGACAACGUCCUCAUCCAAGAUGGGCCCGGGCUUGGGCCCGCGUCCACCAAUGGCCUCCUCGAGGAUGUCCUCUAUGGCUCCGAGGCCUUGAGGACCAAACCCACCUUCUUCGGGCAUAGCCUCGAGUCGGGUGGAACCCACUGGGAGGGCUAUGAUGAGCAGCUCUCGCCCCCACUCGGCCAAUCCCCUUCGUCCGUCUUCAGCGAGACCACCGGGCCCACUUCCCUAGAUGAGACCGACUUGCCAGUUAAAGAGGUAGCAAGCAAUCUGGGCCCGGUUCAAUACGAGGUAAAAGUUGAGGAAGCGAACCCGAUGAUCUUCUCGAGGCCCGAUUAUUUGCUGGGCUCGAGCUGUUUGGGUCCACCGAUGAAAUGCCCCACCACUAACGAACAUUCCUUGCUGGAAAAUGCGAUGGGGAAACUUCUUGGCGAUGAUUUGAGCAAAGACUGCAAGCAAAUGGACACGGGCUCGAGUACGUCGGCCCAAGGACGAGGCUGUAAUUCUUGCGCGUGGAAUCCUAUGCCGACUGUCUAAGUCGGAUUUAUUGUCGGUUGACCAUCAAGAAGAGGAAAAGAAGAAUAUCCAAGUGUUUGUUUGGUGGGUUCUUUUUGUUAUGUCUUUUAUGAUGUGUACUGAAAGUUUGUAGGGUGAAUGUAGUUGCAUUGAUCAGAAACAUCAUUGUGUGAUGUUUAUGAGGCGUUUUUACCUCCUGAUCUUUUAUUUGUUAUUGACGGAUUUCUAUGUAGUUUUCAUGUGAGAGUUGUAUGUGGAACUUUUUGUUCCUGCACUUUGUGAUGUUUGACUCUUGAGUUUCAGCUUUUAUCAACAAUGUUGAAGUUAUUUUUGAUGCAUG